AUGGGCCAUUCCAGGGCUGUUGGGCAGCAGAGGGAUGAGGGCAGGAGGAGGAGGAGGAGGGACCCGGGACCCCCUCCAGCGGCUGGCACGAAGCCACCAGGGAGGAAGAAGCCACCACGCAGGAGUGCCACCAGUGCCAUCACCGUCAGCACCAGGGCAGUGCCGAGCACGCCUGGCGCGGCCGCGCCACGCCCCCAGUGCCUCCUGUGCGCGGUGCCGCGGGAAGCUCUGCCCCCCCCCCCGCCCGGCGUUCCAAGCGCACGCAGCGCACCCCGAGCUGCCCACGCGCCCGUCCCUGCCGGCGUUUGGGCGCAAUCCCCCGGUCCCGGCACGGCACGACUUGCGCUGGGACCGGAGCGCCCCAGCCCGCCCACCACCCCGUGCCGGCGCCGCGGCGUCUGCACCGGUGGCUGCAGCCUCUGCCGUGCCUGCUGCCGCUCCAGCCCGGCUUCUGCCGUGCCUGCUGCCGCUCAAGCCCAGCCUCUGCCGUGCCUGCUGCCGCUCAAGCCCAGCCUCCCGUCAGCGCCGCCCCUGCCCGCCGGACCAGCAGCCACCCCAGCCCCCAGCGGCCGCACGCCGCGGCCGAGCCGCCGACCAGCCCAUCGCUCGCCAUGGCCGCCCCGCAGCACCUCCCGCCGCCCCCACGCCGCCCCUCCCGCCACCCCGGGAUCAUCUCCCGCUGACGAGCCCGCCCCGCCGCCGCCCGUGGUCGCUUUCUGGCUCCUGCCGCCGCCGCUCCAUGGCGGGCCGAGCCGUGCCUUCCCCAGCACAGCCUCCCGCUUAAGAGCUGCUGGAUGCCGCGGCUCCGCCGCCUCCUGCAGCCACGGCCGUCCCGGCGUUCGCAGCCGCAGCCGCGGCUCCGUUCCCGCAGCUCCGCCGGCACCCCCUACGCAGCCGAGCUUCCGGGAUCAGCCGCACGCAUGCGCAGUUCUGUCCCCACGGCCCCCCCCCCCGCCGCCGCUGGCCCCCCCCCCACUGGCAAACCGGGCAAGAGAAACAGGAAGGGAAAGGCCAUUCCAGGGCUGUUGGGCAGCAGAGGGAUGAGGGCAGGAGGAGGAGGAGGAGGGACCCGGGACCCCCUCCAGCGACUGGCACGAAGCCACCAGGGAGGAAGAAGCCACCACGCAGGAGUGCCACCAGUGCCAUCACCGUCAGCACCAGGGCAGCAGAACAAGACCACAAAAGCAGAAAGCAGCGGGCCCACUCCCCUCCAGCACUUCACAUCCCAGCUCCUGGGAGGAACCCUGACUCAGCCCAAAGCUCUGCAGAGGGGAAUCAGGAAGAUGCAAAAAUAAACAAGGCUGUAGCAUCAGCUGGCAGCAUUUUGGGUUCUGCUGGGGCAGGGGAAGGUCUCUGUGCUCAGCUGAGCCAAAGCCUCCGCUGGGAUGGGAUUCUGGAGGAUCCCCAGGCAGAGAGGGAAAGGCUGCAGGUUUAUAGGGUGAACAGGAGGAAAAGGUAUGAAUUGUACAUCCAGGAGCACUUCCCAGCUGCCAGGAAUUCCCCACCCCUCCAUGGCAGCAGCAGGUAAAGGAGAUUCCUGCAGUAAUUACUUGGAGGAGCAAAAAUUGCUGUGCCUGAAUGCUGAUUGAAGAAUUGCUGUGAAAUGAAUGCUGAAGGAGCCUCCGAGCUGCACUAGGGGUGUCACCCAAAAUCCCAACAAUUUCUGUAUCCUAACAGUGGUUCCUCAAUGUCUGUGUGGAGAAAAGGACAUUUAUAUUUUAAUAAACAAACCAAUCUGUUAAAA